AUGACGUUUGCAAGGGUCGUUGGUCCGUGGACGAAAAAUGUUGUUGGUAGUCCUGAAGGCCAUUAUUUGAUUGCUCACGGUGUGCAGGGUGGUCACCAUGGCCAUGACAACGGCCACAUGCACUCGUCUACUACUACAGCCGAUCUCCCCGCUGCGUCUGCUCACCCACUCGAACGGAAAAUCGGGGGUUUCUGGAACAGAGCCUGCGGCUGCGACCGCCAUCCGGACGAGGACGCCACCGCGAGGGUGGUGAACGCGCUGAUCGGCGACGUGCAGAGGUAUGAUGACCCGGGCCGGAAGCUCUUACCCCACGAGUCCAUCAUCAAACGAGACAGCGGCGUCAUAGUCUUUGUCGUCAACAAUGACGAGAGAUAUGGUGACCGGUCCCAUACAAUCGACGCGGAUGAGCUCCGUCCUGCGUCUGAUCACAUCUCGGAUCACUGUCAACGAUUUGUAACGGGGACAACGGGAGCAGAGAAUGCGUUUGCUAUUGGAUAUAUGCUUGAGAGCAACGAAGGGGGCUUAUUAAACCAGCAUGUAGGCAUCCACUGCGGAAAGCUUCUGAAGGAUACAGAAAUACUUUUGGGGCUAAUGAAUCAGUUUCCUAUGCUUGGUGUAAUGGGAUACUGGGUUACCUAG